AUGUCGUCACUUUUGUCGUUCGCUGGCUGGGCCGUCCUGCCAAACUAUGCCACUUCGUUCCUGCAAAGCGUCUACUAUGGCCUCACCAUCCGCGCUGGUGAACCUCGGCCCCAACCGCCGUCACCCCGCUACGAACGGCACCGCCGGCGCAUAUUCAUCCUAGUAGUGACCAGCUAUCUCCUGUACACAUUGUACGAAACCUUCUUCCAGGUCCGCCAGGCAGGGGACUUUUAUCGUGUCCUUGGAGUCUCGCCGCUGGCGGAUGAGAGGACCAUAAAGUCCCGAUUCCGUCGACUCGCAGCGCAGCAUCAUCCUGACAAGCUGCAACAUGCUGAUGGGAUGUCGGCCGCGGGUUCGGAAGCCUUCUUUGUAUAUCUGAAGCUAGCACAAGACACACUGGUUGACCCUGUGCGGCGAUUCGCCUAUGACCGGUUUGGUCCUGAGAUAGUUCAAGGGAAAGAACGCAAAACUAUACAAGAGUAUGCCUUUGCGGCGCUCUACGGAUUGCUGCCACAGUACGUGGUCGGAGCUGCGAUGCUUGUUUUUAUGAGCGUGGCGUGGUGGUCUUCCUGGGGUCGUUACUGGCGCUUUUACUCGUUUGCGCUCCUGGUGACGCUUGAGAUCGCGUUGGUAACGCAUCCGUCGGCCAUCCUCAUGCCGGCCUCUUUUCUGCCCCCGGGUCUUCGAUCACUGCUGGGCAUUUCUGUCGACCAGCCAGGUUUCUAUCUUCUGCCUUUCCAAAUCCUCACGCUUGCCCGUCGUGCCUCGGUCACGCUGCACAUCUUCAUCUCACAGAUCAGCCCACCGGAACCGAAGGCGUCACCCGCUUCGGCUGGACUGAAGCCGCGGACUGUGCAGCAAUUAGGUCAGCUGCAGCAGCUCUCGCGCGUCACGGAUGCGGAGGCCACAAGGCUGCUACAACUUGGGUUCGCGCCUUACCGGGGCGACAAAGAGAGCGUGGCGACGCUGCGACGGGGGAUGAAAGAGGGUUUAGUACUGGGUGCAGUGAGACAGAGUCCGGAGGUCAAGGAGGCCGUCCAGCAAGUGAUCGAAAAGAGGAAACGGGAAGCCCACAGGGACGAGUAG